CAAACCUUCAAAGAUCAAGAAAUGGACGGUGAUGAGGGGGGUUUGUGGUCGAUCAACGGUGAUGAAAGCAGCAACGUAGGCAAAGGGUAGUGGACUAAAAUUGUGAGGGUGACGUGGCGACUAUCAGAGGGAGGGUGAAUAUUACGUGGCAGGCGAGGAGUGGAGGAGAAGAUAUUUUAUGUGAAGUUAAUGGAUGAUGCAAGUGACAGACAUGUGGUUCUAGUUGGGUUUGGAGCAUCAACCUUAAUGGGACCCAACUUUGGGUGUGUUUUAGAAGAAAGUGGAAUUGGUCAAGAAUCGGAGAUGAUCUCUGAAAUCAAUUUCCAAGCAAUGUAUCGACGACCGAAGACUGAACCCUUCUCCUUCUUCUAAAACUAUUCCCCUUCUUUUCUUUGGUUUCAAAAAAGUUUCUCACCCCUCUUCAUAAAUACCCACACCAUUCCCUUCCUCCUCCAUCAGACUUCAUCACCCACUUCAUGUCUUUGCUUUCUUACACAAUCCUGUUGGGUUUCAGCCUUAAAUCCCAAGUUUUGUUUUGUUUUGUUGUCUUGUUCUCCAAAUUUCAGAACUUUAAUCAUGGACAGUUUUGGAGAAUGGGACCAAAAGAAGAAGUUGAAAAAUGAGCUGCUUAAAGGGAAGGAAUUAGCAAAGCAACUCCUAAUUCAUCUCAAUGUGAGGCCAUCAACAUCUUCCAUGGCUGCUGCUGCUGCUUCUUCUUCUUCAGCUUCGAAUGAUGGCAGUGAACUAUUAGUUCAAAAGAUCUUAUCUUCAUAUGAAAAGGCACUGUCAUUGCUCAGCUCUAAUGGAAUCCAAAUAUCUGAAUCUCCUUCCUCUCUCAAUGGAAGCCCAAGGAGUGAAGACUCUGACCGUGAAUUCAAGGACCAUGAUCAUACCAAUGCUUCUUCCCGCACAAGGAACAUUCUUCCAACUUGGACACAGAAAUUCCAAGUUAGUCCAGGGAUGGCCCUUGAAGGGUCUUUUGAUGAUGGCUUUUGCUGGAGGAAAUAUGGUCAAAAAGGCAUUCUUGGUGCCAGACAUCCCAGAGGGUAUUACAGAUGCACACACAGGAACCUCCAAGGUUGUCUUGCAACCAAACAAGUUCAACGGUCCGAUCACGAUCCAAACGUCUUCGAGAUCACGUACCGAGGAACCCAUAGUUGCACCCAAGUUAUUCCAUCUGCAAGCACAGAGUUUCAGCAACAAAACCACCCUCUACUACUACCUGAUCAAAGGGUCCAAAACCAACAAACAUCGCCUGAUGCUCUCUUGAGCUCAUGCCCAUCCUUAAGAGUCAUAACUGAAAACCUUGACACAACUCAUGAUCCAACAUUAUUCCAUCCUUUUAACUAUGAUCCCACGUCAAAUUAUGAGGCUGCAGACCGUGUCGAGUCCGGGUCGACAUUGAGAGCCAACGUCAACUUUUCCGAGUUCUCUCCUCCUCCAUUUUUGUCCCCAACAACAUCUGGAUCUGGGUUGAGCUAUUUCUCUGCAUCCUCAAGUGGGUUGAGCUAUUUCUCUGCAUCCUCAAGUGGGUUGAGUGAAGGAUUUGUUGGACAUCAUCAGAAGUUGGAUUUGCAGCCAAACAAAUCCGAGCUUUCUGAGAUUUUUUCCUCACCAACUUCAGCUUCAAACUCUGCAACUCCUGGCUUAGACUUCCCAUUCGGCGAGCUUCAGAUGGAGCCAACUUUCACAUUCCACAACACAAAUUUCUUCUCCUAAAUCUCCUUCCUUAUAGACUCAACAACAAUGAUACUCUGCAACCAAAUCUCCAUCAAGUUUUAACAAAUUUUCAUACUUUCUGAUCUUACAACUUAUUAUUUUUACAACUUUUGAUAGUUUUGGAGUGUUUUGUUUUGAGAAUAUUUUAGUAACUUCAUUCCAAGUAAGGAUUUUUUUUCUUAUAAUUUCUUUUGGGGGUGAGGUCAUGAAGGCCCAACAGACUUGUACACAACAAUACAGUAAUGAG